AUGGCCAUAGGCGCCCUGUUCCUUGGCCUCUGCUAUUUGGGGUCUUUCGUUCAGAUUCUCUUGGCUACGAAUAGGCUCACUGUGGUUUACUGUCCGAGUCGAACGUUCCUCUCUCACAAGCGCGUGCUGGUCUUGAUUGGUGUUUGUUGUAUUGCCACUGUGGGGAUGAUCACCUACUCGCAGUUCAUUUUGCCUUGUUGCAGAAUUGUUCCCGAUCCAAAAAUCUACAGCUACUCGUACUUGGCAAUAUCUGUGUCAUCUAUUAUUUUCAGAUAUUUUAUACAAUUUAUUGUGAUGUUUCUUACCUACAGUAUCGUCUGGUUAACAUUCUUCUUGUAUCCCGUGAUCGGUAUUAAAAUACCACAAUUAUAUGCCGCUACUGCUGUCGUGCUCAUAAUGAACUGUGGCACAAACUCCGUCGUCUAUCUUGUAAUGAGCAAAGAGGUUCGCUACGCAGCUAACCAGUUAUUUGGUCGAGUUCUAUUCAGCGACACACAGUAUCUUCCGAAGAAACCCAUCUCUUUGAACCAAAUCCAUCCACUAGCCCCGAUAAACACCAAGCCACCAAUCCUUUGA